AUGGUAACACAUAACCAGAAGUUGAUCCAUCAAGAAAAGGCUCAAGGUUUCCAUGGUGAGAUUGAAGACAUGCAGCAGUGUCUGAAAGAAACAGAGCGUCAGCUGUUGGCAUCAAAAGCCAUGGGUGGCUUACCAGACACUGCCUGUGAACAGCUUAACACCCAUCUGGAGCUGUGCAGUACAUUGGAAGUCAAGGAGGAGAUUUACAAGCAACUUCUUAACAGAGGGCAGCAGAUUUUGGCCAUGACCCCUGCAGGUCAAGACAGCACCACAGACGUGGACCUGCAUAACCUGCAGGACAAAUGGGAGUGUGUGCAAGCCAAAAUGGCAGGAAGGAAGGUGAAACUGGAGGAGGCUUUGGCAAUGGCAACAGACUUCCAUAACUCACUGCAGGACUUCAUUAACUGGCUGACUCAAGCUGAACAGACCCUUACCAUGGUGUCUCCUGCCUCUCUCAUCCUGGAGACCAUCAUGUUCCAGAUAGAUGAGCAUAAGGUGUUUGUGACGGAGGUGAAUUCACAUCGGGAUCAGAUCAUGGAUCUGGAUAAGACAGGAACACAUCUGAAGUACUUCAGUCAGAAGCAGGAUGUGGUGUUGAUCAAGAACCUGUUGUUGAGUGUUCAGGGCCGCUGGGAAAAGGUUGUGCAGAGAUCGUUGGAGAGAGGACGCUUGCUCGACGAUGCCAGGAAACGUGCCAAACAGUUCCAUGAGACCUGGAACAAGCUGAUGGAUUGGCUGGAAGAGUCAGAGAGAGCAUUGGACUCAGAGCUGGAGAUCGCCAAUGAUCCUGACAAGAUCAAGAUGCAGUUAGCCCAACACAAGGAGUUCCAGAAAGCUCUGGGCUGCAAGCAUUCAGUGUAUGACACCACUAGUCGCACGGGCCGAGCUUUGAAGGACAAGAGCUCUUUGCAAGAUGACGACCAAAAACUGGAUGGCAUGCUCAGUGAGCUUAGGGACAAAUGGGACACAGUCUGUGGAAAAUCUGUGGAGAGGCAGAAUAAGUUGGAGGAGGCCCUGCUGUUCUCAGGUCAGUUCACAGAUGCUUUGCAGGCUCUCAUUGACUGGCUGUAUAAAGUGGAGCCACAGUUAGCUGAAGAUCAGCCGGUCCAUGGAGACAUAGACCUUGUCCUCAACCUCAUCGACAGCCAUAAGGUGUUCCAGAAAGAGUUGGGCAAGAGGACGGGCAGCGUGCAGGCUCUGAAGCGCUCGUCCCUGGAGCUGAUUGAGAACAGUAAUGAUGACUCGUCCUGGGUGAAAGUUCAGAUGCAAGAGCUGAGCACACGCUGGGAGACGAUGUGCAGCCUCUCUGUGUCCAAACAGACACGACUAGAGCAGGCACUGUGUCAGGCUGAGGAGUUCCACUCCACUGUUCAUAUUUUACUGGAGUGGCUCGCUGAGGCAGAACAGAGUCUUCGGUUUCACGGCACUCUGCCUGAUGAUGAAGAAGCCCUCCGCUUUCUCUUUGAACAUCACAAGGAGUUUAUGAAGAAUCUGGAGGAGAAGAGGCUAGCCCUGAACAAAGCUACGAGUAUGGGAGAAGCCAUCCUGUCCAUCUGCCACCCGGACUCCAUCACCACCAUCAAACACUGGAACACCAUCAUUAAAGCACGCUUUGAAGAGGUAACUGCCUGGGCUCAUCAGCACCAGCAGAGACUAUCCAGUGCUCUGGCUGAUCUUCUGGCCAAUCAGGAACUUUUGGAGAACUUACUGAAGUGGCUUCAGUGGGCUGAGACCACCCUUGGCGAAAAAGACAAGGAGCCUCUCCCUCAAGAGUUAGAAGAGGUCAAAGCGCUCAUCGCUGAGCAUCAGACUUUCAUGGAAGAGAUGACCAGAAAACAGCCAGAUGUGGACAAAAUCACCAAAACUCAUAAGCGGAAAGCUACUGUGGAUACCCCGGUCCAAUCUCAAAUCCCUGUUCUGGACAAAGGACGAACUGACAGAAAGAGAUCCCCAACACAAUCCAUGUACACAGCGGCGUCUCAAGCACCAAUCGAGACUAAGAACCCCAGAGUGAACCUGUUGGUUAGUAAGUGGCAGCAGGUGUGGCUGCUGGCCCUGGACAGGCGGAGGAAACUCAACGAUGCUCUGGACAGACUAGAGGAGCUCAAAGAGUUCGCCAACUUUGACUUUGACGUGUGGAGGAAACGCUACAUGCGCUGGAUGAACCACAAGAAGUCCCGUGUCAUGGAUUUCUUUCGCCGCAUUGAUAAAGACCAGGAUGGCAAAGUCACAAGGCAGGAGUUCAUCGAUGGCAUCCUGUCCUCAAAGUUCCCCACCAGUCGUUUGGAGAUGAGCGCUGUGGCAGACAUCUUCGAUCGGGAUGGUGACGGUUAUAUCGACUACUAUGAGUUUGUGGCUGCUCUGCAUCCCAACAAAGAAGCCUACAAACCAUUAACCGAUGAUGACAAAAUUGAAGAUGAGGUGACUCGACAAGUUGCAAAGUGCAAGUGUCCUAAACGGUUCCAAGUAGAGCAAAUUGGCGCCAACAAAUAUCGGUUCUACCUUGGAAACCAGUUUGGAGAUUCUCAGCAGCUGCGUCUGGUGCGGAUCCUGCGCAGUACGGUGAUGGUGAGGGUUGGGGGUGGCUGGAUGGCCCUCGAUGAGUUCCUGGUGAAGAAUGACCCAUGCAGAGUUCAUCACCACGGGAGUAAAAUGUUGCGCUCUGAAUCAAACUCGUCUAUUACUCAGUCUCCUAUAGGUUGGCAACUCUCACACUUUCUCUCCUUGCUUCAUCCCAGUGCUAAAGGCAGAACGAACGUGGAGCUGCGAGAGAAGUUCAUGCUCCCAGAAGGCACCACUCAGGUGAUGGCCAGCUUCCGCUACAGAGGUCGAAGGUCACGGCCUUCCUCAAGAGGCGCCUCCCCAAACAGAUCCAAUUCCAGCCACAGCUGCCCCGCGCAACCCAACCCACCUGGAGCCAACACACCCAAGACUCCCCAACAAAUAACUCGAAAUUAUGAUAAACCCUGGCUGACAAACAGCAAAUCAGCUACUCCGCUUAAAUCAUCUGACUCCUUUGACAGCCAAUCGUCCAGUGAGAGCACCCCCAUUCAGGGCAGCAAGCUUCGUCUUCCAGGAUAUUUAUCAGGAAAGAGUUUUCAGUCGGGAGAGGAUGGCACCUUAAUCAAUGCUGCAGUCAUGAAGGCUAAAGGUCAGGCCAUAGGAUCUUGUAAGAUCACAAGCAGACCUGGCAGCAAAGCUGGAAGCAGAGGGAGCAGCCGCCGCGGUAGCGACGCCUCAGACUUUGACAUUUCCGACAUCCAGUCAGUCUGUUCAGACACGUCAGAGACAGUGACAGACUCAGGACGUCCGACGCCCCGCUCUGCUGCACGCCAACAUGGAGGCAAGCCCUCUAAAAUCCCGACUCCCCAAAGGAGGAACACCCCUACUAGCAAACUGGCCAAGACCACCAAGAGAUAGUCAACAGUCCGGUCAAAAGAAGUGGCCACAUUCUGUGCCAUAAUUGACUGAGACCGGACAGAUGUAGAUUCACACUAAAGACUGCAAAGUCUUUUUAAAAACCUGUAGCAAGAUGUAAAUUAUUCUGUUGUGAACGUGAAGAGAAAGUUCAUGUGGAGUGUGUGUGUGUGUAUUGAAUUGCAAUGUACGUAUUUGUCCUCUAUGUGAAUAAUGUUGCAUUGUUAUUAAUUAGUUUGAUUGCUGUUUAACGAACAGCGAAAACAGACUGUAUGUUGUUAGGUAAACUAACACUUUUCCACUUGUUUGUGUCGAGGGAGAAGCUGAAUGUACAGUAAUUUCCUCAAGCGGACAUGCUUGUUGGCGAUAAUAUGCCUCUGUAUUCUGAUAGGACACCACAAUUAUUUAUUCAUCUAUUUAAAGUGCAAUGACAAGAUGCUGUUAUACCUUUAAAUGGCAAUACAGUAAUUCCAACUGUAACCACAGCUAGCGUUCUACACUACAGUUAACCCUGACCAUUGUCUUUCAACUUAAUCCGCAAUGCAUCUUAUAUCGAAAUGGUCGGAAUAGCAUACUUCCAUACUACUCUUACUACUGAUGCAGUUCUUAGUAUAUAUAACUGUGCACAGUAUGCACAUUUUCUAUAUGCAUGAAAUAUUGAGAUUACAUGAUACAUUUGCCAAAUAUUUAUUUGAUCAUACUGCAAAAUAUUAACAUGUUUUUACCCAAAAGUGGAUUAAAAAUGUCAAAUAACCUUGUUUUUUUUAAAAGAUGAUAACUGUAUUUCACUCAAAUGCAACAUGAUCAUGUGACAGUACUGUAGCACACUACUGUUUCACUUACUAUUAAGAAAAAUAUAUACUGCACAGUAUUCACUAAGUAGUAUGCCAGUAUUCUAUUACUAGCGUAGACAAUGCUUCUUUUGAUCAAAUCACAAAUCGUGUGCCACCUAACUGACUAGAACUUUCUAAGUGCAAUCAUGUCUGUGUACUUUAUGGUUACCUUUGAUUUGCCUGAGUGAUGAAGAUUUCUCGCAACUUUUUUAAUAAAUCUGCUUGCAGAAGGCUCAACAAUAUACACAAGCCUCAUCUAUUUCCAUCUGUCCAAUGUAGUUAUGAUUUUCAGGGAUGCAUUUUGACUGAUGAACAUUAAUGCUAUAAUGUCUUGAGCCCAUAAUUAACGAGUCUUGAGAAGUAAAUAAAAUGUUUUACAAGAAA